CCGGUGUCGGUGGACCGGUCUUUUUUUUGGAAGGGGGGGCAGUUUAGUUUGACGCUGGCUUCCGGUGGCGGCGGACUAAUUUGGCGGCCACACCGACUUCCGGUGCCUACAGUUCUCGCGGGUCGGUCGUCGGAGCCGGGAGUGGCCCUGCAGAGAUGUCGCUGUCACUGUCCAAACGUGAUCUCGAUGAGCUGAAACCAUGGGUGGAGAAGACUGUGAAGAGGGUGCUCGGGUUCUCAGAGCAAACAGUAGUCACUGCCGCACUCAACUGCGUAGGCAAAGGAAUGGACAAGAAGAAAACAGUGGAGCACCUGAAACCAUUCCUGGAUGACUCGACGGUGCGGUUUGUAGACAAGCUGUUCGAGGCGGUGGAGGAGGGUCGCAACACCCGUCAUUCCAAGUCCAGCGGCGAGAAGCACCGGAAGAGAGAGCUGAAGGAAGUCUUUGGCGAGGAUUCAGAAGUCACUCGGGAAUUGUCCUCUAAGAGGAAACGGAUCCCGAGGUUUGAAGAGGUAGAGGAGAAUGAAAUCAUCCCCGGUCCACCUACUGAGAGUCCAGGGAUGCUGACAAAGAUUCAGAUCAAACAGAUGAUGGAAGCAGCGACAAAGCAGAUUGAGGAGCGGAAAAGGCAGCUCAGUCUGAUCACACCUUCAUUCCAACAGCGGGUUUCGGCCCUGGCUCCCACGGCAGACCUGCCGCCGAUGGGCCAGACCAUCCAGCCCUCCCAGGCCGCCUCCUUCAUGAACGACGCCAUUGAGAAGGCCAAGAAGGCAGCAGAGCUGCAGGCCAGAAUCCAGACCCAGCUCUCGCUGAAGCCAGGUCUGCUCCAGAGCACCAACCUGGUGGGACUCGCCAAUCUGCAUGCCAUGGGCAUUGCACCACCCAAAGUGGAGUCGAAGGAGCACCUGAAGCCGACCCCGCUGAUCCUGGAUGACCAGGGCCGGACGGUGGACGCCACCGGGAAGGAGGUGGAGCUGACGCACCGGAUGCCCACCCUGAAAGCCAACAUCCGGGCGGUGAAGCGCGAGCAGUUCAAGCAGCUCCUGCUGAAGGAGAAGCCGAGCGACGACCUGGAGUCCAACACCUUCUACGACCCCCGCGUGCCUGUGCUCCCCUCCCAGCGACAGAAGAGGCUCUUCCGGUUCCACGAGAGGGGCAAGUUUGAGAAAAUAGCCCAGCGGAUACGGACCAAGGCACAGCUGGAGAAACUACAGACCGAGAUCGCACAGGCAGCCAAGAAGACGGGGAUCCAGACCUCGACCAAGUUGGCACUGAUCGCCCCCAAAAAGGAGCUGAGGGAGGGAGAGGUGCCGGAAAUCGAGUGGUGGGACUCCUACAUUAUUCAAGGCGGGAUUGAGCUGUCUGUGGAGAACCUGACAAACGAACAGAAUUUUCACGGCAUCACAAACCUCGUAGAGCAUCCGACCCAGAUUAGCCCCCCAGUUGACACGGACAAGGCGGUGACCCUGGGCGUUUACCUGACCAAGAAGGAACAGAAGAAGUUGCGGCGUCAGACCCGGAGAGAGGGGCUGAAGGAGAUGCAGGAGAAGAUCCGCCUGGGCCUCAUGCCACCCCCCGAGCCGAAGGUGCGAAUCUCCAACCUGAUGCGGGUCCUGGGUACGGAGGCUGUGCAGGACCCAACCAAGGUUGAGGCUCAUGUCAGGGCACAGAUGGCCAAGAGGCUAAAAGCUCAUCAGGAAGCCAACAGUGCCCGCAAACUGACAGCUGACCAGCGGAGGGAGAAGAAGAUCAAGAAGCUGAAGGAAGACGUGUCCCAGGGAGUCCACAUUGCAGUCUACCGAAUCCGAAACCUGACCAACUCUGCGAAGAAGUUCAAAGUGGAGACAAAUGCAGGGCAGCUGUACCUGACGGGAACCGUGGUCCUGCACAAAGACGUUAAUGUGGUGGUGGUGGAGGGAGGUCCAAAAGCACAGAAGAAGUUCAAACGUUUGAUGCUGCAUCGUAUAAAGUGGGCCGAGCAGACAGCCACUUCCCGUGAUGAUGAUGACGAUGGAUCGGAUGAUGAGGUUGUCAAGAAGAUGAAUAAGUGUGUGCUGGUGUGGGAGGGAACGGCGAAGGAGAGAAGUUUUGGCGACAUGAAAUUCAAGCAGUGCCCGACGGAGAGCAUGGCACGGGAGCAUUUCAAAAAACAUGGAGUGGAACAGUACUGGGACCUGGCGAUCAGUGAAUCGGUGCUGGAGGUCACAGAGGACUGAGGCGGCCGAACUCCGUUCCGUAUCUUCAGACUGUCUUGCCGUUUGGAUUUUUAACGGGUGCCGGGGUUGGGAGAGGGAAGAUGAGGAGGAGGAGGAGAAGUCUUGGCAUGAGAUGGGCUUUCAUCUGGAUCUGGAAAAAAAUGGGGCCAGGAGUUCAAAGGCUCUCUGGUCUAAAAUGCGGGAAUUCAGUGUUCCCUCCAGUUUAUAGAUACCGCUAUCUCUUGUGCACUCAUUUUCUGCACGGCCGUGGUGUCAUUAAAGCAUGUAGGGGACUGGAAAGAUGUGCAGUCCUUUCUGAAUUAUAAGGGGGAGUGUCAACAGAGCAUAAAUCUGACAGGACAAAGUACUGAGUGACGCGAAAGUGAUACAGUCACCGGCCAUGUUUAAAAGAAAGUGGGGCCAAUGGGUCCAGUCAUCCCUUUUACGAUCAGUUUGAGAGCUGUGAUUCUCUGUUGUUUUAAGCUUAAUUGUUUCUGGACGGCUUGCCUCCUUAUAGUCCCUUUGGGGCCACGAGUGUCCUGUCACUAACCCUUGCCGUGCAGUGCCAGCUGUGAUGAGGUACAUCCUUGCUAAAAGUAAGUUGCGGACUCUCUACGUGGGAGGCAGGCACUUGUGCCUCCCCGGAAUCGUGAGGAUGCUCGUCGAGUUGGCGCGUGGGCAGUGAGGGUCGGCAAGCUGUUCAAGCGUGUGUGCCUCGUACUUUAUCCCCAGCUUGCCCUCAGCAGACAUCUGCAUGUGGGCAUGGCGUCGCGAUCGAGCCCGGGGUGAUUUUUCACACUCCUGACAACCCCAAAGGUGCCGAGGGUAAAUUGUAUCGCGUGCAGCAUCUGCUUCAGCUGAGAUUGGUUGGCUAGGCUCCAACCCAGGCCUGGUGAGCCCCAUGUUCGAUUCGCCCUCUGAGGGGUGAAAUCAAAUGUAGAAAGUUGAUCAUAGAGUUUACCUUUUUCAAAAAGGGGGGCUGGUCAGUGCUGAGACCCUUUCUAUAAACGAUUUCAGCAGUGAGUGCGGUUCUUUAAAUCUGGUACUUCUGCCUACAGUAUCUCUGUACUGUCCUUCCGAACCACAAGAUAAAUGCAGUUUGUGCAAAGUCUGAUAUGACAAAGUUCUGCUAAAAAUGCAGUGUUUUUACUUCCAGGUCAGUCUGUCUCAUUAUUUUAUUUUCUCCGUGUGACCCUGCUGCCUCUACACGUUCUUGUUCUUGUUGCAUUGUAUGCCAGUGAGUGGAGGCUCAGUUACAGAGUGUGCAGUGGUGACAAUGCUGUUUGCCCAGGGAAGGAACUGGGAUGAAAAUCUUUCACCCUGAUAGCUUGUAGGGUCCCCAGGUUUGAGGGCAAUCGCAGCCCUGUGAGGUUGGGAAUUUUAGCACAAAUCAGCAUGGCCCACAGACGUUUGUGUUCGAGCUCUAAAUGUCACAGUCACAUUGUUUCCGAUGCUAAGGCUAAGGCAGGUUGUUCAGGCAGCAUAGGAAGAGCUUUAAUUGACCUGGGAAUGUUUCAUGUAGGGGGAGCUUUACUCUAUCUAACCCCGUGCUGUACCUGUCCUGGGAGUGUUUGAUGUGGACAGUGUAGAGGGAGCUUUACUCUGUAUCUAACCCCGUGCUGUACCUGCCCUGGGAGUGUUUG